AUGCGUACUGGCGUGACAAGAGAAGCCUUUUUCAUGUUUCUUUUUGUGCUAUAUACACUAGCCCCAUCAUUUCCACCCGAAGUUUGUGCGUCAGCUUUUGCGGAAGAGGCUGCUGCCCUCUUAAAAUGGAAAGCCGGUUUUGCCAACCAGAAUGGUUCCCUCUUGAUUUCAUGGAAUAUUACGCCUACCAAAGCCAAGAAUUCUUCCAGCCCUUGCACUUGGGCGGGUGUCUCAUGCAACAUUGGUGGAAGCGUCAACAGAUUGAACCUCACAAAUUCCAAAGUCAGCUCUACACUCUAUGACUUCCCAUUUUCAUCCUUGCCAAAUCUUGAAUACGUUGAUCUGUCCAUGAAUGAACUUUUUGGCAGCAUACCACCCCAGGUUGGUAAUCUUUCCAAGCUCAUUUAUCUCGAUUUCUCGGCCAAUAUGUUGUCAGAAGAAAUCCCACCGGAAAUUGGCUUGUUAAAAAAUCUUCAAGUCCUUCAUCUAAACGAAAAUCACUUGUCCGGUCCAAUUCCCGAGGAAUUAAGCCAUUUAGUCCAUCUUACUGAGCUUGACUUGAAUACCAAUAACAUCAGCGGCACUAUUCCAUCUUCCUUGGCAAAUCUGAGAAACUUGACAUACUUGUCUUUGUAUGAGAAUCAAUUUUCAGGCCCCAUUCCUCCAGAAAUAGGAAACUUAUCCAAUCUAGUCACUGCUUUUCUGAGCUCUAAUCAUUUAACAGGUUCAAUUCCACAUGUUCUAGGUAACCUCAAUAACAUUGACGAACAAGCUAAGGAACUAGAUUGGGAAAAGAGGGUGAACAUCAUCAAAGGUGUCGCUCAAGCACUAUCUUACAUGCAUCAUGAUUGUUCACCUUCAAUAGUUCAUCGAGACAUUUCAAGCAACAAUGUGUUGCUUGAUUCAGAAUAUGAGGCUCAUGUUUCGGACUUUGGCACUGCUAAAUUUCUCAGGAGGGACUCAUCCAAUUGGACCACUCCAGCUGGCACAUUGGGAUACAUUGCACCAGAAUUUGCCUACACAAUGAGAGUCACUGAAAAAUGUGAUGUUUAUAGCUUUGGGGUACUGACAUUGGAAAUAAUCAAGGGGAAGCACCCUGGUGAAUUUGUUGCCCAUCUAAUGUCUUCAACAACUGGAGACAUAGAAUUGAAAGAGUUGUUGGACCAGAGACUUUCGCAUCCCACACAAGAAAUUGAAAAGAUCCUGGUAUUCAUCCUCAAGAUAGCAGAGGCAUGUUUACAUGUGAAUCCAGAAUCUAGGCCAACCAUGCAUAUGAUUUCUAGUUUGUUAUCUGUGGGUGCAACAUGUGGCCAACAAGUAGAUUUUGCUGAAGAGGCUGCUUCACUCUUGAAAUGGAAAGCCAAUUUUGCCAACAAGAAUAGUUCCCUUUUCAUUUCAUGGAAUAUAUCGCCAACCCAAGCCAAGAAUUCUUCCAGCCUUUGCACUUGGGCUGGUGUUUCAUGCAAUAUUGAUGGAAGUGUCAACAGAUUGAACCUCACAAAUUCCAAUGUCAGCACGACACUCUCUGACUUUCCAUUUUCAUCCUUGCCAAACCUUGAAUACGUUGAUCUUUCCAUGAAUGAACUUUUUGGCAGCAUACCGCCCCAGAUUGGUAAUCUUUCCAAUCUCAUUUAUCUCGAUUUCUCGUUCAAUCAGCUGUCACAAGAAAUCCCACCUGAAAUUGGCUUGUUACGAAACCUUCAAGUCCUCCAUCUGAGCAAAAAUCACUUGUCUGGUCCAAUUCCUGAGGAAUUAAGCCAUUUAGUCUAUCUUACUGAGGUUGAUGUGAAUACCAAUAACAUCAGCGGCACAAUUCCAUCUUCUUUGGCAAAUUUGGUUAACUUGACAUAG